AGGCGCAGGCGGCGGGGGCGGCGGCGGGCGGCGGCGGGCGCGCGGGGUGCGGGCCGGCUCGGGCGCGGAGGAUGAAGUGGAGCGUCCGCGGGGCCUGCGCCGCGCUCUCCUCCUGCCUGCUGCUCGCCUGCGCGCUCAGCGCCGCCGCCGUCGGCCUCAAGUGCUUCUCGCUGGGCUCGGAGCUGCGCGGGGAGCCGUUCCGGCUGGGGGCGGCCGCCGGCGCCUUCUACUCGGGGCUGCUGCUGGCCGCCGGCCUCUCGCUGCUCGGCGCCGCCCUGCUCUGCUGCGGGCCCCGGGACGCGCCCCUCGCGGGGCCGGGCCCGGGCCCGGGGCUCGGGGUGCCCGCGGCCCCCGCAGGGGCCCCGGAGGCCGCGCCGGGCGAGCCGGGGGGCGCAGCCGGGCCCGCGGGGCCGGCGCACAGCCAGAACCUGCUGCUGCUGGGCGUGCUCGUCUUCAUGCUCGGCGUCCUCAGCGCCUUCGCGGGGGCCGUGAUCGACGGCGACACCGUGUCGCUCGUGGAGCGCAAGUACUCGCACUACUGCCUGCCCCCCGGCCCCGGCCCGGCCCCGGGCCCCGCGGCCGCCGCCCCCGGCCCGGCCCCCGGCGCGCCGCGCGCCCGCAGCACCCCGGACGGCGCCACGCCCGCCAAGUGCCGCCAGCUGAAGGACUACCAGCGCGGCCUGGUGCUCUCCACCGUCUUCAACUCGCUCGAGUGCCUCCUGGGCCUGCUCAGCCUGCUGCUGGUCAAGAACUACAAGUCGUCGCAGGCCCGGCGCGGCCGGCGGAAGGGAGGCCGGGCCCCGGCGCGGCCCCGCGGCGGCCCGGGGCUCCGUGCGCAGCCGCCAGCCUCCCGGGCGCGGCGCGGCCGGCGGGGCCGGCGGGGGCGGCGGCUGCAGCCGCGGCCGAGCGAGGCUUGCAUCCUGUCCCCGGAGGAGUCGGACUUCGCCGCCCCGGGGGACUGCGCGGGCUUCGCGGCGCGCCACGCGGUCUCCUACAUCAACGUGGGCGUCUCCCGCGCGUUCGACGAGGCGGGCGUGGAGGUGUGCUGCGGGGGGCACCCGUCCGUGGAGCUGCCGGGGUACGCGCCCUCGGACCCCGACCUCAACGCCUCCUACCCCUACUGCUGCCGGCCGCCCUGCGAGGCGGCGCGCCCCUGGGAGCCGCGCCGGGCCUGCUGAGCCUCCGGGCCGAUCCGGACCUUCCGCGCCCGCCCCGGCUCCCCGGCCGCCCCGGCGGGCGAGGUCGGGGGCUGGCGCGGCGCGAAGCCGGGCCUCCCCGUGGCGCCGCGUCUUCGGGGGCGGUCUCGGCGCGGCGCCUCUGGGGGCUCCCCGCCGCGAGACUGGCCCUCCGGUGUUAUUGCUGAUGUGUCUGGGAGGUUUUUCUUCUUUUCUCUGUCUGUUCAUAUCCGGACUCCAUUUUCAAGUUUACAGCA